AUGGCGGCAGCGCAAUUAUCUCUCUUAGUGUUAGGAAUACUGGUCCAUAUUAACUAUCUUGCGUCUAUAUUCGAUAUUUAUUUUACUUCUCCCCUAGUUCAUGGUAUGAUCCCUUACCAAUCGACUCUAAAAGCGCCCGCUAAGCGGUUGGUUUUAUUUGUUGCCGAUGGAUUACGAGCAGACAAAUUUUAUGAACUUGACGAACACGGAAAAACUCGCGCACCAUAUUUAAGGGAUUUAAUCGAAACGAAAGCUAGUUGGGGUGUCUCUCACACACGAGUACCCACAGAGUCUCGGCCUGGACAUGUUGCUCUCAUUGCUGGGUUCUAUGAAGAUGUUAGCGCCGUGGCCAAAGGUUGGAAAGAGAACCCAGUGGAGUUUGAUUCUACUUUUAAUGAAAGCAGAUACACAUGGGCUUGGGGAAGUCCUGAUAUCCUACCAAUGUUUGCAAAGGGGGCCAGUGGUGACCAUGUUUUUACAUCCAUGUAUGAAGAUGUUGCAGAAGAUUUUGCAAAUGAGGAUGCUGCUAAGCUUGACACUUGGGUGUUUAAUGAAGUAAGAAACUUCUUCAGUGCUGCAAGAAAUAAUGAAACUUUGAAGAGGAUGCUUCAUGAGGAGAAAAUUGUAUUUUUCUUUCACCUUCUAGGAAUUGACACCAAUGGCCAUGCACACAGACCAACCUCCAAAGAAUAUCUCAGGAAUAUUGCUGUUGUGGACAAAGGGGUAAAAGAGAUGGAAAAUGUAAUUGAAGAAUUUUAUGGUCAUGAUCAUGGAACAGCAUUCGUGUUGACAGCUGAUCAUGGUAUGACUAACUGGGGGUCCCAUGGGGCAGGACAUCCUCAUGAAACACUGACGCCCUUAGUAGCUUGGGGGGCUGGUGUACAAGGACCAAUGGCUCCUGUACGCAGUGUCGAUAUUGUGGAGGAAACAAUAAGGUGGAAUCUUGGUCAUCUGAAGAGAAUAGAUGUCAAUCAAGCUGAUAUUGCACCGCUGAUGACUUCUCUGAUUGGUGUUCCAUUUCCUCUGAACUCUGUGGGAAUUUUGCCAUUGGACUAUCUCAACAACUCCGAGCAAUACCUGGCAGAAAACCUCUUCAUGAAUUCACAGCAGAUUCUUGCUCAGUAUGAUGUGAAAGAAUUGUUCAGAAAGGAAACUUCUCUGUGGUUUCAGCCCUUCUCUUCCUUGGCAGGUGCAAAGAAAACAGGAAUGAUUCGCGACAUAAAAGAGUUCAUGCGAGCCACGAAGUAUAAAGAAGCCGAGAGCCUAAGCAGAGAUCUAAUCAAUCUUGCAUUGGAGGGACUCAAUUACUACCAGAACUACGACAGAGUGUUCUUAAAUUUAGUGGUCACUCUUGGAUUUUUGGGAUGGAUAUUAUGCAUCAUCCUACAGAUUGUCGAAGAUCAUAGUGAAGUCAUCAAAGAGGCGUCCAAACUCGGUAAAGAGAACCUUCAGCCAUUGGUGAAGACAGCGCCUCUGGACACCGCUACUUUGGUUCUCGCUUUUCUCGCGGUGAUUCUUUUAAUUAUUCAAAAAGCACCUUGGAUGUAUUAUAGCUACUGCUUAAUGCCUUUAGUAUUUUGGAAUCGCAUUGCCAAGAGACUUCACGUGGUCAGAGCUGCCUGGAGCUAUAUCCGUGAAAAACAGUUGCAGCAUAGAGUUCUAUUUACCUUUUUGUUCGGUAGUUUCUCGUUAGAGAUUCUUGUCAUGAGCUUCUUCAGGCGAGAGAUUCUCUCUGUAGGUCUUGUGUGUCUUGCUCUGUGGCCGUUCACCACUCAAUUGUACAAAACUUGCACGCCAUCUGUAGCAGGCUGGAUGAGCCUUAGCUUUGCUCUUUCCGUGUUUCCUCUUCUACCUGUUGUCGGACGUGAGGCCAACUAUUUCCUGGUGACUGCGGCAGGAUUCUUAACUUUGAUCAUUUUUUGUUCGCUGUUGUUUUACGUUUCCACCGUAUCUCAGUUAAUGAACACGGAAUUAACAAAAUCGUGUAAAAUCCUGCUCCUUCAAGCUCUACUCACGGCACUAGCAAUUUAUAUCGUGAACAGUACAGCAGCAAGUUUAAAACGAAAACUCGGACUCCCGUUAGUAAACCAGCUUGGCAGUUGGACUAUUCUUGUGUCAUCCUUUCUGUUACCACUGAUCAACUCGAGUAAUUUAACGAUACGACUGUCGAGUAUAGCUAUGGCGUUUUCCUCAUUGUAUCUGUUGAUGAGCACUGCCUACGAAAGCCUGUUUUUGCUAGUUCUGUCGCUGCUUAUGGGUGCAUGGCUUUUGUCUGAACACAAACUCUCUGGCAAAACUCUCGACGCGCUGUUAGAAACGCAACUAAGCAACGCCAGCUCCACGACCACCUAUCAGCCAGCUUGGAAGGCCCUUACGAGAGGCAUGGACGCUCCUGUGAUGAGAAAACUCACUUUAGAGGACCUUCGCUGCGCUUAUUUUUUCGUUUUCUUCAUCGUAGUGGCCUUCUUUGGAACAGGAAACAUUGCUAGUAUAAAUAGCUUUGACCCUGCGUCCGUUUACUGCUUCUUGACUGUAUUCUCGCCCUUUGUUAUGGGCAGUUUACUACUCUGUAAAGUUCUCAUUCCGUUUGUGAUUGUAACAUGCGCAUUCGACGCAAUACACGUAGUGCUCUCGAUCCCUGUUCAAAGUCUAGUGUUAGUAGUGCUAGUGAUGACGGAUUUAAUGGGACUGCAUUUCUUUUUCCUUGUGCAGGAUAGCGGCAGUUGGCUGGAUAUUGGAACAAGUAUCAGUCACUUUGUCAUCAUGAUGGCUUUUAUUAUAUUCUUGCUUCCAAUAUUCGGUCUGGCUAGGCUCUUUACAGGGGCUUCCCUACCGUUCAGGACGAGCAAGAAAAUAGCUUAAAAGGCAGAACACACGAGGCCAUAAUAUGCUGAAGCAGGUUCCCCGCGCCAAAUCGCUCCCCCCUCCCUUUUUUCGUUCAACCCGUAAGUACCCGCAAAACUCGUCGCUGCGACUUGUUUUAAGGAAAGAAUGCUGUUAAGGAGAUACAGAUUUUUAUGAAAAAAAUUCUAUGUCACACGAAGUGAAUUGUCACCGAAUGUGUUCUGACCUGAAGUACGGUAGGCUCAAGCCGUAAGGAAACUUUAGGAUAUGACUGAGUAUCGUGAAAUAAUGAAAUAGUAACUUAUAACUGCAGAAACAAAAGGAACAUUGGAUAGUCAAAAGUUGGAACAGGUGCAUAAAGGUGGUGAAAUUUCAAACGCAUUGUCUUUGGGAAAUUUGAAAUACAAAGGACCAAAACUUUUCAAGCUUACACAUUUUUCUUGAAAAUUUUAUCCUUAACGCUUGAAAAUCAAGAUAGGUAUCUGCUCUGUUAAACAAUGAGAUUUUCAAUAAACAAAUAUUUUCAACGAG